GAGAGAGAGAGCGAGAGAGAGAGAGAGAGAGAGAGAGCCCCAGCGGGCCCAAAAUGGUCCGCUGCUGUGUCACCAGCUUUGCAGGUUUCUUGUCUUCAUUUUCUUUCUUUUUCCUUUCCGUUUUUUCCAGGUUUCCAAGCGGCUUGGGGAAGAACGAUGACGGCCUCGAUCGAUCUCCGACGCACGUACGGGCCAUCGCCUUGAAAAUGCAUGCACAAAUACCGGAAUAUGGCCCCCUUCUUGCUCGUCCUUGCUCUCCCACUCGCUCCCUUCUCCCCCCCUUCGCUUCCGCUGCCGUCCGCUCGUCCCUUGUGCUAAUGGACCGCCGCUGCCUGCUUUUCCCUUGCCUUGUGGUGUAAACUACCCAGUAGUGUAGUGUAGUGUAGUGUAG